CAAAAUCGUAAACAAUGAAGCGUUUAUUAAAAAAUAUAAUACAAACUUUGCUAAAAACAAAAGGCAGUUGCUGUACCCUAUGCUUCAAAAGUAUUGGCGACGAAAUAAAUUCCUUACGUGUUACGGAUAAAGUUAUUUUCGAAAGCGAAAGUGAUAAAAGUAUUAGGGAAAUUUUAAACUUUAUACUCGCUUCAGAUAUUUCAGGUGAUUUUUUAAAUAACUACAUAUGUCAAAAAUGUGCUGAAUCAGCUUUUUCAACUUAUUUAUUUAUAAAAAUGGUCAAAAAUAAUUAUGAAUAUUUCCAUAGAAUGAUGCAUAACAUGGAUAGUGUUUUAGACGAAAAUUUAGAGUGUGUGAAGACAAUGUAUUUAUUGAAUGAAGAUUCGAAGUUCCAAAGUUGUUAUGAUACUAAAUGCAACAUAAAUACUGUAGAAGCUGCUAAACUGAGGCUACAAACCCUUUAUUCAGAUGAAUAUAAUGAUGAAAACACUAUUUCUAUUGAACUAGUCUUAGAAAAACCUAAGGAGAGUAACAAUGACUAUGAUAAUAUGAACAAUAAGCGAAGUAGAAGUCCAAUGCAUAAGAAGAGUAACCGUAAUACUUUAGCAGAUAUGUGUGAAAGAGAUGGCCCAAGAAAUGUAAAAUGCAAACUUUGUUUGAAGGUUUUCCAUACCUUGACAAAUUUUAGAAGUCAUUAUAAAAGACUACAUGCUCCGAAAACUAUUAAAUGUCCUAAAUGCCCAAAACUCUUUGGAUCAACAACGAUUUUAAAACAGCACAGAAAAGAGUGCCAUCUGGAUGCAAUGUGUGCCAAGUGUGGCAAAGCUUUUAAUAAUUAUAAUUAUUUAAAAAUCCAUGAACUAAGCCAUGAAGUUAGUUUCACUUGUGAAAUUUGCAAACGUGUUUACAAAACAAAGGAAACAUUUAAUACACACCUACAUUUAAAAAUAUGUGGACAAAAACAGAGAAAGAAUCAGAAUGAGGCGCAAUUCACUUGUGAUAUUUGUGGCAAAAAGUUUUGUCGAAAAACUUCUUUGAGAAUACACAUAACAUUUCAGCAUGGGAAUGGCAAAGCAUACAUAUGCGACUUUUGUAGCAAGAGAUUUCGCUAUCAAAGUCAACUGAGCACUCACAUAAAAAAACAUACACAUUCAAAACUUCUCAUGUGCUAUUUGUAAUGAGAGAUUUCGUACAAAGAAAGGUCUGACAAUCCAUUCAAGAUUACAUACCGGAGAAAAACCUUAUCAAUGCUUUGAGUGUGAUGCUACAUUCAUUUCAUCUAUGCAGCGAUCUACACAUAUAAAGCAUUAUCAUAAAGAUUUUCAAUUUGUCUGUAAUGUGUGUGGUAGUAAAUUCAAGGCUAA